GCUUCUGCGCAAAAUCUCUUCCAAUAUUUUUAUUUUUUCUUCAUUCGUUCUCCACUAGAAGCCACGCCCACACGUGGGGGUUUUGUUAAUUUGUUAUUAUCGCUUUUCGCCUGCACAGAUAUGAAUGUAUUAAGAAAAUCAAUUAAGGUUUUGACAAGAGCUCGGUGUUUUGGCACAUCUGGUGUCUGCCAUGGCUACAACAAUUUGACAAAGGUUGCUCAAGAAAACGGUGUGAGGAAAAUAACAUUGGCAAAUCCAAAGAAGAGAAAUGCGUUGUCGUAUCAAAUGGAAGAAGAUCUGAUAGAGGACAUAUCACUUAACGAUGAUGAUCCAUCUCUCCGUUGUAUUGUGAUAGCAGCCGAAGGGCCUGUAUUCUCUGCCGGCCACGACCUUAAAGAGCUGUGUCAGGAGGGAAUGCCUGCAAGGGUUUUUCAACUGGCAUCGGGAUUAAUGGCAGCUAUCAGAAACAGUCCCGUUCCGAUCAUUUCUGCAGUCAACGGUCUUGCUGCUGCAGCAGGAUGUCAACUAGUCGCAGCUUCCGAUAUUGUAGUCUGCACCGAAAAAAGUCGUUUUUCAACUCCAGGUGGGAAUUUUGGUCUUUUUUGCUCUACUCCUGGUGUAGCUCUGGUCCGAGUGCUACCAAGGCAAUUUGCCAAUUGGAUGUUGUACACUGGAGAACCUAUUUCAGCACAGCAAGCAUUGCAAUUAGGACUUGUUGCCAAAGUGUGUGAUGAAAAUAAUCUAGAAGAGGAAGUUGAAAAAAUAGUGACUGCCAUCAAGCACAAGCCAAGAGAUGUGGUCGCCUUGGGCAAGAGCUUCUUAAACCAGCAGGUAGAAAUGGAUGUUGUCACAGCUUACAGACUGGGGGAAAAGGUGAUGCUUGACAAUCUGGAAUACGCUAAUGCACAAGAAGGACUGAUAAGUUUUGCUGAAAAGAGGAAGCCUAAGUGGAAUUAAUUUUAUUAAUGGCAGAUUUAGCAAAAUUAAAAUAUCUGCAUGUUUGCUUAUAUAUUUAUGAAGUAAAUCCCCUGUUUGUACAGGGCUGUCUAUAUUUUUCUAACAAGUUGAAAAUGCCAUAAAAUAAAAGCUAUUAAAUUAUUUAAACAUAAUGCACCAA